AUGCGCAGCUCCUCUUGCCUCGAAUCCUCCACCCCCACGCAUCCCCUCCGCCACCGCGAACACCAUCCCCUCUCACCGCAAGAGCCGCCACCCGACGCACUCGCCGCCCCAUCAUCUCCCUUCCGCCUAACUCCCUCUGAACGCGGCAGCCCCACCGAGUUCAUCCGUCAGGCGCUGGCAAACACCCAGUGGCCUUCCUCUCCCCCUCCCCAAAAGCCCGCCAUUCGCCACCACUUUGACCCCCUCGAGGCCCUCGCCUCGCCCCGUCCAUUCCCGGCUGCACCCGCCGACCGGGCUCGGGAAGCUGGCGCAGAAUCCGCUCUGCAUCAGCACGACAUCCCCGUCACUUCUCUCGACCUUGCCGCAGCCGUACUCGCACACGUCGCCGCCACCGCCACAGACAACGCCCCGCUCACUCCCUCGGCGGACCGCUCGCCCGCAGAAGGCUACUUUAGCGACUCGGUCGACUCGCCCGCAUCCGCGCGCGACUUCCUCACCUCGCCCUCGCUCUUUGACGACUGCGACUUCGACUUUGAGAGCCAGGGGCGUCCGCUCCUCCCCCUCUUCCCCGGUACCACCUUUGACAGCCAGGUCAACGAGGCGCUGCCCCACGAUCUCAUCGACGACUCCACCGCCUACGAGCACGCCGAGCAGCAGCAGCAGCAGCAGCAGCCACUGCGGCCUGCCUCGCCGUCGCCACAGGCCAACGACAUGGGUCAGCGCCAGUCUUUGCCGCAGAACGAGCUCGGUCCGCAGCAGGUCCACGCCGGCCAGGCCGGCCGCGGGACGAUGAUGGACGAGCUGCGGAAGCAGGGCCUGUCUUGCUACGUCGUAGAGCCCGACAGCGCCAAGUCGGCCGCGGCCCCUUUGACGCCGUACGAAUCGGCAUUCUACGCCGGCAUCCGCACGCCAUCAAAGGAGCUCGACGAGGGCCUGACCUCGGACAACCUCGACCGCGCCUCGAUGGAGCACCACCUUCGAGCGCUCGUGGCGGACAUUGGCGUGCUCAGCCAGAAUGGGCUGCUGCACAACGGCGGCGACGGCGUCAUGAGCAGCUCAGGGAACGCCUCCCGGCUCAACGACGCCGCCGCCCACGACGGCGGCCUGAGCCUAUACGAGUCGAUCGGGAGAGACAGUGCGUCGGUCGACGGGCACGACGGUGAGGGCACCGGCGUCAAUCCGCGCAAGCGCACCUACUCGACGGCGUCGUCCUCGACCGCCACGCCGGAGCGCGACUCUGCGAGCCCGUCGAAGAAGUACAUCCAGACGGGCAAGGUCGCCGCCACGACGGCCAAGCUGCCCAAGGGCCGGCGCUUCCAGUGCGAGGUGUGCCAGAAGUGGUUUGACCGCGCGUUCAACCUCAAGACGCACAUGUACACCCACGAGAACCCCGACGCGAGGGCCAAGAACUUUAUCUGCCCGGACCCCGACUGCGGCAAGCCGUUUGCGCGCAAGCACGACAUGAACCGCCACCAUACGACGGUGCACCUCAAGACGGUGAGGCGGUCGUCGCCGCCGAAAAAGUCGCCCACCGCCUCGGCCCACGAGGACGAGCAGGGCUAG